GACGUACAAAAACCUUCUUGGACUUUUGAGAGAAGUGAAAGUGGUCUGUAGAAGGUGGCAAGUGAAAAGCAGAAGAUAGAAGAAUGCUCAACAUAACCGGUCAGAAUUCAAGAUGAAGUCAAGACUAUUUAUGUCUAUUCAACUAUUUAUUACAAUAUAUCAUUAUAUCCUCCUAAAAAUACACAUCACCACAAAUUAUCUGGUGAUUUUCUUUCGCUGUAACAUUGUGCCCGAGGGGGAUUACAGGUUAUUGGAUUGGUGGCGAGUGACGUUGGUGGACAUUGUUAAGAGUUCAGGACGGUGGUGACACCGUGAUGUAGGAAGGCUUAAUAUGGCAUCCUGCCGGGCUAACUGGCUUUGUGUGGGGGAAUUCUGUUUACCACUGGUUGACCUUUACUGUCAAAUUUCAAGCCCCAUGGCCAAGGUGUGCACACAAUAUCGACUGAAUCACAAUGUUAUGUUUAAUUCUUUAUUGUUAUUUGAUUUGGAUGACAUCAUAUUUCACAAUCCUACUGUAGUAAGCGUUUUAGUGUAUCGUUUGCACUCGCUGGAACGGAUUAAUGGCUUUUCCAUUCAUUUAAUUGGGGGGCAUUCUUUGAACAUGGCCACAGAACAAUUUAACAUCUUACAUCAUAAGUGUUUUGAGACAAGGAAUUACUUUUCAGUCACCUGUAGUUCAAGUAAGCAGCAUUUCUUUGUGAGUGGAAGAGCUGGAAAGGUUUCUCCUAAUGAGCUACGAAUGGAAUCAGCACUGCAUGCCACCUUUUCUUGAGCCCUCUUAAGCGUGAGCCCAGCAAAGGAGGGAGGGAAGGAACCUGUGUUGUCAUGGAAGGCGGGAUAAUCCAAUGCAGGGAGACUUUACCCCGAGUGAGUCAGGGAACACUUGCGCUCUCCGAGACCUGAGACCGGGCCGUCACGGGAAUUAUACAGGCCGGCUGAACUUGCUCUGGUUGGGAGGGAAGGCUGGGGAGGGCGCCGGCCGGGCCUGGGACGUUGGGUGAGGAUGGAGAGGUGGAAGAAAAUGCUGCCACACAUGUCGCCCAAAGUCAAGGCGUACGUGAAGGAGUACUGUAAGAGAAACGGCCUCCUGACGCUGUCCGUCUUGGCCGUGGUGACGGGCUGUGUAUUGGGAUUCGUGCUGAGGUCCCUCAACUUGUCCACGCAGGCCAAGAUCUACUUCUCGUUCCCUGGUGAGCUGCUAAUGAGGAUGCUUAAAAUGCUGAUUUUGCCUCUCAUCACAUCCAGUCUUAUGUCGGGCCUGUCAGCCAUGGACACGAAGGCCAGUGGGCGGCUGGGUGUACUGACGAUCACUUACUACCUGUGGACAACCUUCAUCGCCGUCAUCGUGGGCAUCGUGCUCGUCCUCAUCAUCCACCCGGGCACGGGCACCGAGAAGGACACCCAUCACGCCAGCUCGGGGCCCGUUAUGACUUCGGCUGAUGCUCUGCUGGAUCUCAUCAGGAACAUGAUUCCGUCCAAUCUGAUUGAAGCAACCUUCCAACAGUAUCGAACAGACCUGGUGCCCAUCGUGCACAGUUCCGUCGAAAAGGAGUCGCAAGCCAACUAUGUGUACGUCAUGCCCGACUAUCACAAUCCCCGACUGGGCCACCCGGUUUUUCUGGACAUCACCCCGGCACCUGACAUCAACUACAAAAUCGUGCCCAGCACCAGCAAGGGCAUGAACGUCUUGGGUAUCGUCAUCUUCUCGGCCACCAUGGGGCUGCUCCUGGGGAAGAUGGGCGAACGCGGUGCACCGCUGGUCAAUGUGUGCCAGUGCAUCAAUGAGUGCGUCAUGAAGAUCAUUAACGCGGCCAUGUGGUACUUCCCCUUCGGCAUUGUGUUCUUGGUGGCAGGCAAGAUUCUGGAUAUGCAUGACCCCGCCCACUUGGGCGAAAAGCUGGGCAUGUACUUCAUCACGGUCCUGUCCGGCUUGUUCGUGCACGGCCUCAUCUUGCUGCCCCUCUUCUACUUCUUCUUCACGCGCAAAAACCCGUUUCCCUUCAUCAGGGGCCUUCUGCAGGCUCUCGUCAUCGCCUUGGCCACGUCUUCAAGUUCAGCCACUUUGCCAAUCACCAUGAAAUGUCUGCUGGAGAACUGCGGCGUGGACCGGCAGAUCGCUCGUUUCGUGUUGCCCGUGGGAGCCACUAUCAACAUGGACGGAACGGCCCUGUAUGAGGCCGUGGCGGCCAUCUUCAUCGCUCAAGUCAACGAGUACGACUUGGACUUCGGUCAGCUCGUCACCAUCAGCAUAACGGCGACAGCGGCGAGCAUUGGCGCAGCUGGAAUACCUCAGGCCGGUCUGGUGACCAUGGUGAUCGUCCUGACCUCCGUGGGUUUACCGCCUGCUGACAUCUCUCUGAUUGUGGCCAUUGAUUGGGUUCUCGAUCGCUUCAGGACGAUGAUAAACGUCCUCGGAGAUGCCUUAGCAGCUGGGAUCAUGGCACAUGUAUGCAGGAAGGACUUUGAGAAAGCCACCUCGAAUGUGGCGGCUUCCAGAGAUGCGGUCACCCCGACCAUUGUCAAUAACGGGGGGUCAUCAAAACGGAGAGACACGGUGAUCUCGGUGGGCAACCAGAGCGUGGCCCUAUCCGACGCGCCCCUGAUCGCACACCGCUGCGAUUUUGUUUUCGAGGUUGACGGCGACAACAUCCUGGAGAAACCCAUGGCCUGCUACAACCUCUGCCAAGUUUGAGAUCAUCUUCUCAAAAACGGACAGUCAGCCUUCCAAACGCUCACCUCAAAGGAGACCGAAGGGAAUCGUCGUAAAGGAACGAUGCGACUUUUCAGUUUCUUUGCCAGUGCCAAGGUAAAACAAGAAAAACCUCCACGACUUGAUGUACGUCGUGCUGUGUGUCUUGUAAUGGAUUCCGUUUCUGAGCAUCUGCAGCUAAUUUAGAUGGUAGCGAGUGUCGCUUAGACCCAGAUGCCUUAAAACGAUCCAUCAGUCAAUUGAAUCUCUUGCUUAGACGAUAAUAGCAGCAUUUUCCUAGACCCGUUACUUUUUUUAUACCGCUUUAUUUUUGUGCUUGUUUUUCCAAUUAAAAUUUGGUUCAA